AUGAGUAUGCUCGAGCGAUUUCAAAAGCGUCUUGCGGCGUCAAGUCAAUCGGCAAUCCUUCACGAUAAGAAGAUCGAGAUAAAGGAAGACGAGGAAAAACCUGAGGAAAAGAAGUUUGGGAUCGAUUUGGAUGCAGAAGAUGUUGCUGGAGAUGAUUGGAUGCUUCACAAGUUUGAAGCUGAGGAUGAGGAUCCAAAUGUUUCAAAAGCAAAGGACGCCAAUUUACGAGAAGAAAGUGAAGACUGGUAUGAUAUUCAUGACCCUCGGAACAAGAUGAACCAACGGCGGCGUGGAGAAUUGUAG